GGGAAGUUGUGUGACACACUGCCUGCGCUGCAGAUCUACAGAUGCCGCCUCAGCGCUCCACAGAUCGGUCGUUGUUAAUGUGAAAACACCCUGAGACGAUGUGCAGGUUCAUUAAGAUGGCUGGCGCUGCAGCUCACACUUGUGGAAUAUUCCUGGAUUACAGCAGAAAGACUUCUUUACUCCUCUGGGACUAGAAGCAGUGUCUUCUGUUAUGUUCAGCCUGCAGCCUUUAGUCCUUUAACACACUUUGCUGAGAUGAAUCCUUUGUACAUCGGGAUUGAAGUAGUAAUUGCUCUUCUCUCCAUAUCCGGCAACAUACUGGUGUGCUGGGCUGUCGCGAUCAACACCACUCUGAAGAACGCCACCAACUAUUUUCUCGUGUCCCUUGCUGUGGCUGAUAUUCUGGUCGGUUGCCUCGCCAUCCCGUUUGCUAUAACCAUCAGCAUCGGCAUAUAUCUGGACUUCUAUGGAUGUCUCUUCCUGGCAUGUUUUGUCUUGGUACUGACUCAAAGCUCCAUCUUCAGCCUUCUUGCUAUUGCCAUUGAUAGAUAUCUGGCCGUCAAAAUUCCUCUGAGGUACAAGGAGUUGAUGACAGGAAAGAAAGCCAGAGAGAUCAUCGCUAUUUUAUGGAUCCUCUCCUUUGUCAUCGGUCUCAUCCCCUUCUUUGGCUGGAACAAGAAGCACUCUAGCUGUAACAGCACCAGUAUUGAGACAGUCAACACUACAGAUGCUGGCCUCACGGAGGGGCUGAGGGGCGGAGGAGACUUACUACACAGCUGCAAGCUCGGGUGCUACUUUGAGAGUGUGGUGGACAUGCACUACAUGGUCUACUUUAAUUUCUUUGUCUGCGUGCUGCCGCCGCUGCUGAUCAUGCUGGGCAUCUACCUGAAGAUCUUCACCGUGGCCAGGAAGCAGCUGAGACAGAUCGAGCUCAAGUGCGUGGGCAACGGGGACAGCCAUCACCACGGGCUGCUGCAGAAGGAGAUCCGGGCCGCCAAAUCCCUCUCCAUCAUCGUGGGACUGUUCGCCGUCUGCUGGCUGCCCGUCCACAUCCUCAACUGCCGCACGCUGUUUUACGGCGAGUUGAAGAAGCCUGAGAUCAUCAUGUACGUGGCCAUCAUUCUGUCUCAUGCCAACUCCGCGGUCAACCCCAUCAUCUACGCUUACCGCAUCCAGGACUUCAGGAACACCUUCCGCAAGAUCCUGGCCCAACACUUCCUGUGCCGCAGGGAGGAGCUGUACCUCAGCUCCAACGGAAGCAGACGCAACAGAGACCAGAUCACCAUGACCAUCGACCCUCUGCUAUAGAGAGUCGUGACUGAGUAUUAUCUGUGUCAGCUCAGUUGGUUCAGUGUUGAAUUUUAUUUUCACUGAGGUUUAUAAUGUUUACAGAACAAGGGUAGGAUAUGUGAAAACGAACCGAUGUCAAAUGCGCCUUGAAUGUGGACAUUUAUUUAUGAAUCAGGGGUCAAGCAGUGAAAUGUUGAAUGGCGAGUCUUACAUAACCUUUGUAUUGUGAAGGAUUUCUGAUUUUAAAAAACACAUGUUGAAGCUAACUGGAUUUGUAAGACUGUGAACAGGAUCCAAACUACAUUCUAUAAUGUUAUUUAUCAUUCUGAAUCCACCCUGUUUCAACUCCAAACACUCCUUUUUUUGCCCUGCUAUUUUAUAUUGUCAGCAUUAAGUGUUUAUUAAUUUAUUUAUUACAAGACCUUAUAUUUGAGAAUGUAAAGAUCAAAAAACUUUGUGUGGCUAGAUCUGUACUUGUGGACCUAGAGAGGUACAAUGGUAGUCGUCUCUAUCUGUGGUUAUUUUUAGCUGGUGGCCCUUUAAAAUGAACUCAUACACUCCAUACUCAUAUACCAUCACAUGCUCAAUAUACAGUCAAGAAAUUGAAGGGUGGUCUAAUAAUUUUUAUCAUGUUUAUUUUAAUGCCUGGU